AUGGAGAACAGUGAUAUGGAGAACAGUGAUAUGGAGAACAGUGAUAUGGAGAACAGUGAUAUGGAGAACAGUGAUAUGGAGAACAGUGAUAUGGAGAACAGUGAUAUGGAGAACAGUGAUAUGGAGAACAGUUAUAUGGAGAACAGUGAUAUGGAGAACAGUGAUAUGGAGAACAGUGAUAUGGAGAACAGUGAUAUGGAGAACAGUGAUAUGGAGAACAGUGAUAUGGAGAACAGUUAUAUGGAGAACAGUGAUAUGGAGAACAGUGAUAUGGAGAACAGUGAUAUGGAGAACAGUGAUAUGGAGAACAGUGAUAUGGAGAACAGUGAUAUGGAGAACAGUGAUAUGGAGAACAGUGAUAUGGAGAACAGUGAUAUGGAGAACAGUGAUAUGGAGAACAGUGAUAUGCAGAACAGUGAAGUGGAACGUGUUACACAACACAUAAAUAAGUGGAAAGUGUCGGUGAAUUACACAUAG